CUCUUACCCACUCGCCCCGAUUCAUUUGAUCAUGGUUCAAAUUAAAUUAUUAGUAUCAGUGAUCUUGGUAGCUGCUUUAUCAGUCGUCAAUGGCUAUAAACUCAUGGGAGAAUUUGGAGGGUCAAAUUUGCAGAUAGCGAACGCUUUCGCGAACGAACUACCCCACCAAGUGCAAGAUCUCGUCAGGUACCAACCUGCUACUCAUAUAACCGUGCAGCAACACAGCGGCCGUUGGCUUAUUAUGCUCGACAGCAAUGGCUGUUUAAAAUCACUAUCGAGUCAACCUAAAGAGCAAUUGGAAAGUGUUCAUCGGCUACUAACAGCUCUUUGCGCCGAUACCCGCAAUGAUGUUUGGGUCACUUCGGGUACAAAUUUGGAAUAUGUUCUCAGACAUUGGAGGGGUAUUCCAAGGCUCAACUUCGCGGCGGAACAUGCAUCGAUCAUCGUUCCCCAUGACAAGGCCCCCUACAAUGACAGGGAAGUGCCAAAAGUGAAUGCACUACGAGAUGCUGUGCGAUCGAUUACCGAAAAUAAUUUCGAAACCACCGCUUUCCAAAUGGAUCAUACGGUUGUUCUUAUCCACCCGAAUCCGCGAGACAGUGGUGUCCGGACCAUGAUCAAGGAACUAGAACUUUUGGCCGAACGUUUCCCGGAUUACAUAUACCUAAGACAGCCGGGGUUGAACCAUAUCGAAUUUAAACACAAGAAGGCAGACAAAGGGAAGCUAGUCCAAAAAUUACUCGCAUCUGGCCGCUACAGUUAUGGACUUGCAAUCGGUGACAAGCUGAUUGAUGAAGGUAUGCUUGGAGUCAUGCGCGAGGCCAACUUUGGAUCAGUGAAAGUCAGCUCCAAUGGGGAGGAAAAAACAACCGCUCAAUACAGAUUAAGCGACUACAACGACGUUGAGCGAAUGCUUACCGAACUUGUAAACAUUAGGGCAGCCUCAUCUUCCAGGCGCAGAUAA